AUGAACUCCACUCAUGAUCGUUUGGAUCAAUUUCAGGAAGCUUUUGUGAAGAACUUCAUUCUGGUUCUCCUGGGCGUUAUCAUCAAUUACAUCAAUGGGACGUUUGUGUUCGCCUUCUUCAACAGUCAAAUAUUCUACAACGACCCAAGGUAUAUAUUGUACAUUCACAUGGUGAUCAAUGACAUGAUCAUGCUGUCUCUCUCUGUGACGUUACAUGUUGUGUCCUAUAUCUGGCCAUUUCUCAAUGUGUCAGUCUGCUGCGUUUUGCUUAUAAUAGCCGACGCCACACAUAAGAACACCCCGCUGAACCUGGCCAGCAUGGCUAUCGAGCGCUACAUCGCCGUCUGCAACCCCCUGCGCCACGCCCAGAUCUGCACCGUCCGCAGGACCUACGUCCUCAUCGGCAUCAUCUGGGGCGUGGGAGCCAUGCCGGGCCUCACCGACCUCGUGAUCAUGCUCGCCGUCAACCCGCCCAGUCUGUUUUCCUCCGCCCUGUUAUGUUUCAGCCUGAAUAUAUACAACACGCAAUAUCACAAAGAGAAAAGCACGGUGCUGCAGUCUCUUUAUAUCUCUUUUGUGUGGAUUACUCUGAUCUACACUUAUUUCAGAGUCCUUUUCGCGGCAAAGGCUGCCACCACAGACCCCGUUUCUGCCCGAAAAGCUCAGAACACGAUCCUGUUGCAUGGGGUACAGGUCUUGCUGAGCAUGAUGUCCUACAUCACCCCGCUGGUGGACAGAGUGCUCCUUCAGCUCUUCCCCCAGGAGAGAACAAAGAUAAUGUUCGUGAGUUUUUUGUUUUCAAACAUUCUACCCAGGCUCCUGAGCCCACUGAUCUACGGAGUCCGGGACCAGAAGCUGGCUAAGCACGUGAGAGGGUACUUGUUGUGCAAAGUGUCCGUCAGAAAGGUCAAACCAGUUCAUACCUGGUCUACACAUAGCUCGGAAUAA